UCAGUCGUGGCAAGAAAAAUAUAACGUUAGCAUGACACGGUAAACUUAUCAUUGGCAGAUCCGCCGGGGAUAAUUGUUCUGGCAAACUCUUUUUGGGAUAUCAAUGCCGAGAAUAGCGUCCGAGUCAGCUUGUGCAACAUGUCUUGCUCGAAAAGUCAAAUGCGAUGGCCAUGUUCCCGUGUGCAGAAACUGUUUACGAAGACGAAUCACUUGCAAAAGACGUAGCCAUGAGCUUCGAUUUGUCAUUCAUUCAGAUCAGCCGCUCGAUGAGAAUCCAGGACGCAGAAGCCCAACUGUAUCGAACCAAAUUCCAGCAUCGUCUCCUCCUAAAAACGAGUCGGAUGACUGCUCUCAUGAGUGGGCUGCAGAGCUGGCAUCGCAGUCACCAAGUUCCGCUCUCACUAGUCCUGAAAUUGCCAGUCUUUUCCAGCACUACAUCACGGUUCUUGCACCGUGGUAUGACUUGAAUGACUCGCAUAGGCUGUUUGGCACAGUUGUGCCCGAGCGAGCGCUAUGCGUACCGAUCCUUUUCAAAGCCAUUAUUGCAUUCUCUGCAAUGCACUGGUACCGUGUGACUGGGAAACUGCGUUCAAUUGGUCCAGCGUUCCAUACAGCUUGCGGAAGAGAACUUUUGGACGCCAUUGACUCUUUGUCUGGCUCGCAUGGAGAAUAUAUUGCUUCAACGUGUCUCUUGAGAUCCUACGAAAUACUUGAUGGCGACAGCCGUGGCAACCAGCGACAUCUUCUAGGCGCAUACUCGUUUGCAGUCACAGAUGCUACCAUUGACUUGUCUGAGCGUGGCCUCGCGCAAGCAGGAGUAUGGAAUUACCUCCGCGAAGAAAUUACCGUCGGACUCGAGUGCCAGAGACCCGUUCGUAUUUGUACCGACUUUCCAACCUUCAAGCCCGACGGAAGUUAUGACGAUGACGGCAGCGACGAUGACAUGAAGUCUAAUAUCGUCACAUAUAUUCUUGCUCUGGUAAUUAACUACUGCUUUGAGAGAAAUGAUGAAACCACCAAUGUCAAUGAUAGCGGCAGCAGCAAAAACAAUGCUGUCUCUCAAGGGCAAAGAAUUGCAACUUGGCAUAAACUAAAAAGACAUCUCUUCACGUGGGAAAGUUAUUUGCCAGCGAGCUUUCUACCAUUCUCUACUGCACCAAGACCCGGAAACCCAUUUCCAUCAUAUUGGAUUCUCAGUCCUUGGCACGUCGCUGGACUACAAUAUGCAUCUAUUGCCGAGAUCCUGCUGGCAUUAUAUGACCCUACCCACGAUGCGAUGCCUCGAUAUUUCACAAAGUUGGACCAACACACCUUUGAAACUAUACAGGAGCAUACUCUCCGAGUCUGUGGUCUAGCGUAUACGAAUGACGACGCUUCGGCGCGAGUAAAUGCUUUUGGUCCACUAUCAUUCUGCGGCCGCUUCUUACUACAACCUGCUCAGCGCAAGGCUGUCGAGGAGAUGCUGCUAGAGUACAGCAUACCCACUGCGUGGCCGGUGCAUCACAUUAUUCGGGACUUGAAGGAUUAUUGGGAGUUGAUUCACUUGGGCCGUUAAAUUUUCUUAAAUUUAAAAGUUACGACAUGCCGGGCGGUUAAGAUUUCUACGGGCUCGAUUUUGGUUCAUUCCGAAGGUCUUCUUCAGUGAAGGAAAUUUACAAUUCGUGCUCAUACCAAGAGUCCAU